AUGUAUAUUUUUGAAUUCACCAUAUAUUAUUUUGUGCAUAUUGCAAAGUUGAAGAAUAUUUUAUUUUUACACUGUUGGACUAAUGAUUCACUACUACACUUGGCAUAUUUAUCUCGUAAUGAAUCUUUAUACACCCAAUAUCUGGACCUUAAUGCGAAAUUCUCGCAAUCGGAGCACUUGCAAGAUCAACUCGUCAAUCACAAUCUCAUUAAGCUGGGUAUUUACUUUGAUAUCAAUUGUAAUCAGAGCGCUAAAGUUUUGGAUAUGGCCAAUAUGCAACGCCUUUUUACAGAUCGUUAUCAUUGGCUUGUCUUUGAUCGUAACUUCAAUUUAAAUCAGUUACAUAAGAAAUUCUCAGAGGCGCAACUUUUCUUUCACACUGAAUUGAGUUAUGUGAAACCCCUUGAGGAUCUCAACAGCUUUAUAAUUUAUGAUCUGUAUAAUAAGGCCAAACACUUGGGAAGCAAACUAAACAUUACAAUAGACCAGGAAAUUGAUUGCAAUAAGGGACAUUGUCACGUCAAACGCUUUUUGAGUGAUCUUCAUAAGAGAACUCGACUGCAACAUCGCAAAUUUUUCACUGGAUUAUCUCUACGAAUAAAUACAGCAGUCACUAGCUUGCCUGCGAACACAUCAGAUGAGCAGAUCAAAUCCUUUCUAGGCAGUCAUGAUGAAAUAUAUAAGGAUUCGUAUACCAGAAUGGGAUACCAAUCGCAUCAGGCUCUUAUGGACAUGUUGGAAUGCAACUUUUCUUACAUCUUUCGGGAUCGUUGGACGGAUUCGGAGCUAACUGGCGGCCUCAUUGGGGAUUUGAUGAAUGAGAGUGUUGAUUUAACAGCGCCUGGUUUUUUUUACACCGUCGGACGUAGCAAAUACUUUAAGCCUCUGGUCUGGCAGAGUUCCUUUCGCUCUGUUUGCAUGUUUCUCAAUCCUCGCUCCUCUGGCACCGAUCUCCGAGUCACAGAGUUUCUGGAGCCUUUCAGCUGGACAGUUUGGGUCAUAUUUGGCGCCCUCUUGCUGUUCACUGGCUUUCUACUUUGGCUGACAUUUCUGCUGGAGCGCAGAAUGAAUAGAGGUGGCAUGGAGACCUCGUUGUUGACUAGCUGUCUGCUGUCCUUUGGUGCAGCCUGCAUACAGGGUGCUUGGUUAUUGCCGCGUUCCACAGGUGGCCGCAUGGGCUUUUAUGCAAUUAUGUUGACCUCCUUUUUGAUGUAUAACUAUUAUACAUCAGUUGUGGUCUCCACGCUGCUGGGAGCACCGCCCAAAUCAAGUAUACGCACCAUACAACAGCUUGCAGACAGCAAUUUGGAGGUGGCUGUCGAGCCAAGAAUCUAUACAAAAGUAUAUGUGGAGACUUCAGAAUUUGCAGAAGUGCGCAGCUUGUAUCGCAACAAGAUAUUGAACAAGGAUCCAAAACGCAUUUGGUUAUCUUCGGAGGAGGGUGUUUUGAUGGUGCGCAACAAUCCUGGCUUUGUCUUUAUUGCGGAAUCUGCUAGUGCUUAUGUUUUUGUUGCGAAACAUUAUCUACCCCACGAGAUUUGCGAGCUGAAUGAGUUUUUGGUGCGUGAUGAGACUAGCGUCUUUACAAUUGUCCUCAAGACCUCUAGCUUUGUCGAGCUAUUUAAACUGAGUCAACUGCGUCUUUUGGAAACUGGAGUUCAUUUAAAGCAUUUUCGCUAUUGGAUUCGCACAAAAUUGCAUUGUUAUCGGAGUAAUGUCACCGUCGUUGUGGGCAUGGAGUCGGCUGGACCUUUAUUUCUUUUACUACUCGGUGCCUAUAUUAUAUGUCUAUUUGUUUUGGGCUUGGAAGUAUUGUGGCACAAGCGACAGCUACGUGUGGCACGAAAUUGA